AUGUCUGCUGAAAAUAAUCAGUCUCCAGAAACACCAUCACCUCGCUCUCUCACAACUUCCGAACAUUCCACACAGACUUCACCUUCAGAGGAAGAGGAUACUAAGGUAAAGCUGAAUGAGGCAAGUGAGGAAGAAACACAGCUUUCUGAAGAGGACAAGUUUCUGGAGGAGUAUGUAUACCUGUAUGAGGAAGACUCUCUGAAGGAACGUAAACAUCUGUACGAGGAGGAGGAGGAAGAGGAGGGUCUGAAAGAAUAUGAGUAUCAGUAUGAAGACCUGUAUUCAGGAACGGAUAUGGAAACUGUGGUGUCUAUUUCAAAUGAAAAACUUUGGAACAUUCUAUUGCAUGAACCCACUGAGGAAAUGGAAAGCAAGGACAUCAAUGACGAUAUGAGCACCACCUAUCAGACACUGUGUAAAAACAUCAUCAAAGAAAUGUAUGGUCACAAUGAACUGAAUGAGGAUAUUGUCGUUCCCCUGACUGGGCAACUGGAGAGUGAAAUCCUAAAGAAACUGGGAAUUCUGUUGAAGAAAAAUUUUGAAGACUACAAGGAAAUAAUUCUAUGGCUUCUGAAAAAACGUGAAAAUCUCCCUAAAAUUACUGAUAAUACAUUAACAUAUCAAUUAUCGAAUAUAUCACAAUCAACCAUGGAGAAGACAGAAGAUCCUGGCGCAAAAGUCAAAAAAACUCAUCUUCAGCACAAGAAGAAAUCAGAAAUAGAAACAGAGGUCAUAGAGAACAUGUUUAAGGUACAUGAUGAUGCAAAAAUAAUUCUCUACCCCAGUAAGAAUGUCUUCCAAAUUAUCUUUCCUGAUGGAUCGGGCCAGAUACAUUAUCCAUCAGGAAAUCUGGCUUUGCUCAUCCUCAGUACCAAAGAGGGAAAAUUCACAUACAUCAUUCUGGAAGACAGUAGAAAACAGAAUCUCCGGGCCCUUAUUGACAACAAUGGUCAUGCCACCUUUUAUGAUGAAGACAAAGAAAUGUGGUUGAGUCUGAGUCAGAACCUGGGCUACUACUUCCCCAAAGGCAAAUUCCAGAAGGCCUGGAACUGGUGGAACCUGACCAUCCAUGUCCACGCACCCCCGGUCUUCUCCAUCUCCUUGGAAAUCAACAAGUACAUCAAGGUACAAGUAAGGAGCCACGAUAAUAUCAUGUUCUGCUUUGCCCACCAAGAGCAGCGGAUUUGUUUAAACCUGGGCACCAAGUACAAGUUUAUACCCCAAAGGAUUUUGAGUGAAAUGAAGAAGAAAACAAUCCUAGAAGUGGAAAUAGAUUCAAUGGUUCGAAGGAUCCAGAUCCUUCUGGGAAAAAUGAGCAAGAUCCUAAACUUCCUGACCAUAUCUGACUUGGAAAACUUCAUCGAUAUCACCAGCAUCUUGCUAAUGAGUGACGGGAAUCUGAGGAAAGGAUCUAAUAUCUCAUCCACCAAAUGGUCCAAGGAUUUCUCCAGCGACCAGAGGCUGUUUCAGAAUGAGGAGCCAUCAGGUCUUUAA